AUGGGCAAAAAUCAUCGCAACAAGAACAAGGACAAGGCACCGUACAGCGGCCCCGCAAAGAGUGGCCGACAUGAUUCGGAUUCGGAUGAAAGUGAGUCGUCGGCGUUCACCUACGACGAGGACAUGCAUUCAAUAAUGGGGACCGUCGAAGACUUGGAUGAUGUCUACGAUCAACUGGCAGACAAUUUGGAUAGAGCCCAGGGAAAAAAGUAAGCAUAUUCGAAAGAAUCCCCCUCAUUACUUUCUGUUUUCCAGCACGAAGAUAAGAAUAGACGGGCUCCAUCGGGUGAAUCUCGCGUUGACUGCCAAGCCGGUGCCCGAGUUCAUUAGCAGAAAUAAAGAGACUUUGAUGUCUCUCUGCGCGAGAAUCGAAAACAAGCCGGACGGAGAGGCGCGCAUGCUUGCCACUCUCGUCGGCCUUGUCGCCGUUCAGGCUGGAGAGGAAAUCUCGGAUCUCAUCGCCGAGCCAAUGAAUCAGAUGAGAACAAUUCUGAUGGACGCAUCGAGAUGCGUCUUCCUCCGAAUCGCCUGCGCGAUUUCCCUGGUUAUUCUGACCAGGAUCGCAUGCAGCGAGGAUGAUGAGGUGGCCGCCAACGUGAAGGCGUGCAGAUUCGCAUGGGCAACAACGAAGGCCACUAGCGCUUCGGCUAGCCUCAUCGGAACAUCGUUGGCUGCAUGGUGCAUCAUGCUUCUUGAUGCUGAUGCGGUCACAAUCAACGGAGCGAUCGCAGAUCAGCCGAAGGUCGUGACUCUUCUCGAUUCGGAUCAGCUUGAAGUCAGAUUGGCAGCCGCCGAAGCCCUCGCCUUCCUGCACGAAUUCAUGCAGGACACUCGUCCCGGAUUCCGUUUCCCGAACAAGGAACACGUGCUCGAACUGCUCGGAAGAAUGGCCGCCGACUCCUCGAAGAAGAAGGCGAAAAAGGACAGGAGAGCUCAGAGAUACGCAGUCAGAGACAUUCGCUUGUUCAUUGCCGACGAGGACGAUACUCUGGAAGUGUGCGUGAAGAUCGGACAGCAGACUCUAGAAUUGGAUUCGUGUGCCAUCAAAAUGUUCUACGACAUCACCUGUGAUCUUUUGCACGGAGGACUCGCCCAGCAAUUGCAAUACAAUCCUGUUCUUCGUGACGUUUUCGAGCUGGGACCUGUUCCACUAGAGGUCGAAGGAACGAUGAAUAAGCAGGCUAGGGUAAGGAGAAUUAGGCAAACAUUUUCUAUUUGAAAUAAUCUGUUUAUUUUCAGCUGGCAAUCCACGACGCGGCCGACAAGCAACGCAAGCAAGUGCGCGGAAAGCAGCGCGACAAGAGAUCCGCCGUCUACUAGAUCCUCUUCCAAUUUUACAUUGAUAUCUCGUUUCAUUUGUUAUUUUUCGAAAGGUUACUGUUAGCCACUCCGCUAGACACUUUGUUCCAAUUCCUUUCUCAAACUCAGCCUGAAAUUCUUUCAAAUAUGCACUAUACGCAAAGCCUUCUCCAAGUCUAAUGAACCGUUUUCAAUCUGUAAAAAUCUCUUCGUCUCGUCUCCACGUUAGCUAUAGUUGCGCUGUUGAAAAUACCAGCAGCAGGCAGCGGUAUCUCCUUCCUUCCUGUUUGCAGAAUUCACUGAAUUCUCCGUUUCCAGAGACAGAAACUGGUGAAACCGUCCGCACCGCCGCCAGUGAUAGACCUCUCCACUCGGAAUCGGACCGCUGUCGCCCCUUCCGUCGUCGUUGCCAAACCGUCAUUCCAACCGAUUCGGGCGAAUCCAGUUGCUGAAAAUAUCAGUUUCCUUCCGAAAGCGGCAACAGACGAGAGUGUUCUGAUCUUCGGAGAAGAGUACGUUCAGUGCGAAUACUAUCCGAUGACUCCGAACAACUUUGAAGUGUUCGCCAAGGGAAUAAACGAGCGGAAACAGAAGGAGAAAGUGGCGCGGGAAAUUGCAAAACGAUUGGCUCGCGAGCACGAAGAGGAGGACAAAAAACGAUCAAAAGGAGCGGCGAUUGCACCGCCCACGAUGCUCAUUGAGGAUGAGAUUCCGCCUGCGCCACAGACCGAUGAGCCGACACAGUCCGUGCUAAUGCCUCCGCCCUCGUUCCUUCCCGCAUUCGGAAAAGCGACGAGCCGAGGGCUCGGAAUCGCUGCGAACAUUAUGAAGAAGCACGGAUACAAAGAAGGACAAGGACUCGGAAAGUCGGAGCAAGGAAUGAGCACAGCGCUGCAGAUUGAAAAGACGGGAGUUCGGGGAGGUACAAUUGUGGCGGAAGCACCGAAAGCGCCCACUUUUGCGACGAAUUCGAUGGAAGCUGUGCAAAAUGCGACUAAAGUUCUUCAGUUGUGGAAUCUAAUCGAUGUGAGCGAAGUGUCGACGGAUGAAACCAAGAAAGAGUUCGAAGAUGAGAUUCGGGAGGAAAUGGAAAAGUGCGGACAGGUCGCCAAUGUUGUGUUUGAUGGAUCCGAGCGGAAGCGAGUGUAUUUGAGAAUACUUUAUUGA